AUGAUGAUGAAAGUAUUAUUGUUAUUAUCAAUUGUUAUCGCAAUUGCCAAUGGUUUUUCACUUUUUACUAAAAGUGAUGAAUUCCCAUUAAAUGUUAACAGUCGUUCCGGUGCUUAUCAAGGUAUUUACAUUGAUAAUGCUCGUGCUUUCUUAGGUGUUCCAUAUGCUAAACCACCAACUGGUUCACUUCGUUUCAAACCACCACAAGAUAAAGGUUUCCAUUGGGGUAUUUACAAUGCUACUAAAAGUGCUCCAUCAUGUUUCCAAUCUGGUGCUACUGCUGCCUCAAAUUAUAGUGAAGAUUGCCUUUACUUAGAUGUCUACACUCCAAAAUAUGUACAAAGAACUGAAGGUAUUUUCGAUCAAUUACCAGUUAUGGUUUUCAUCCACGGUGGUAGAUAUUGGACCGGUAGUGCUUUAGACUUCCCAGCAGAUAAAAUGGCCGCUUUAGGUAACGCUGUUGUUGUUGUUAUGCAAUACAGAUUAAAUGUCUUUGGUUUCCAACCAUUCGAUUCAAAUACUAAUCUUGGUUUACUUGAUCAACAAUUAGCUUUGAAAUGGGUUAAAGAUAAUGUCUUUGCUUUUGGUGGUGACUCUAACAAAGUAACUAUUUUUGGUGAAUCAGCUGGUGGAUCAUCAGUUUUAUAUCACUUUAUUACCCCAUCAUCAUACAAUUUAUACGAUCGUGUUAUUGCUCAUAGUGCUUGGCAAUGGUAUAUCCCAACCGUUGAAACCUCACGUGUUAAAGCUGCCACCUGGGCUGCUACUAAAGGUUGUGCCAAUACCACCUCAACUGGUGCACCAGAUUACAACGCUAUUGUUGAAUGCCUUUCAACCAAAGAUGCUCUUUCAAUUACCGCCACCACUGCUCAAUCAGAUUUCUUUGUUCCAAUGAUCGAUGGUAGACUUAUUACCACUUUACCAUUAAACUCAUUCAAAUUAAAACAAUACAACCAAAAGGCUGAAAUCAUCAUUGGUCACAACUAUGAUGAAGGUAACUAUAUGGCUUAUUCACGUUUAGGUUACAAAUCACCAAACCAAACUGUCACCGACACCACCUAUUACAACUCUUUAAGAAAAUACUUAAACGUUUACUUUAACCCAACUCAAGUUGAAGAUAUCGUCACUCUUUACGAACCAGUCAAAGCUCAAUUAGGCAACUGGUACGCUGGUGCAGAAUUCUUUGCUGAUUACUAUAUUAUUUGUGGUUCCAUUUUAGCCGCUGAAUACCUCAAUGGUACCCAAACCAACUUUAGAACCUACAUCUUUAACUAUUCAUCACCAAACUACCCAGCCAAUGAUUGGUUCUUAGCUGCUUCACAUGGUAAUGAAUUAGCUUACGUCUUUUUCACCGAUAUCUAUACUCCAUUCGUUAAAACUCCAGAAGAUAACUUAUUGUCAGUUAGAAUGAACAGAGCUUGGACCGAUUUCGCCGAUACUGCCAAUCCAAAAUCAAUCUUAUCCGAAUGGCCAACCACCUACCCAAGUGCUAUGUACUAUGGUGACAAUGCUAACAUCUUUAAUGAAGUUAGACCAUACCUUAAAGAUAUUUGCUCUUCAUGGAGACCAUAUCUCGAACAAUAUUAA